UCUGUGAAGGAGGACACACGGCUAGAGGGAAUGCUUUGUGCCUAUGCUCCGGAGAGCUAGCAGUCACCAUGCUUUCCCGAGGCUUCCUUCCUUGGCUUUUUGUUCUUUUAGCGCUGAUGUGCGAAUCUGGAGAUCUUGUAAAAACCAGACAGAAAAGAGAGAAUUACAAUGAGGCGCCCCGCAUGUCUUCAGAUAGCGGGAAUUUAAUAUUUUCUACGAGCCAAACCAAAAAUAUUGAAUUCAAGACUGGCCCUUAUGGGAAAAUAAAGAUCAACCAGGACGACCUGACAGAACUCCUGACUCAGAUACGCAAAAAUAAAGAAGAAAUAGCAGAAAUAAAAGCAAGUGCUACAGGCACCAAUCAGACAAUAACAAAUCAGGUUUCCCAGCUUAACUCCAAGUUAACAGAUAUUGAAGUAAAAUUUGAAAGUUUACAGCAGACACUCAGCAGAAAAGCGUGUAACAGCAAUCCAUGCCAGAAUUCCGGAGCGUGUUUAAAUCUUCUGGAUUCUUUUUACUGCCUGUGUCCAGAUCAAUGGCAGGGGCCAACCUGUACUGAUGAUGUUAAUGAAUGCCAGCGUUAUGGGGGAACUGCACUUGGCUGUCAGAAUGGAGGUUUAUGUCAGAAUACUCCUGGAAGUUACAGUUGCACCUGUACACCUGAAUGGUAUGGUCCAUUGUGUACCAUGAGAUUUGAUGACUGUAGAACAAACCCUCUGGACAUCUGUAUACAUGGAAUCUGUAUAGACCUAGACAGAGAGCAGGCCAAUCAGCCAAAAUACAGCUGUGUCUGUGAUGUGGGGUGGAUGUCGCCUCCAGGAAGUUCGGCCUGUACUGCAGAUGUAGAUGAAUGUGCACUUCCCAACCCACCCUGUUCCCGAAACCCUCCAGUUCAGUGCUCUAACACUAUGGGAUCAUUCACUUGUGGCCCAUGCCCAGCAGGCUGGAAAGGAAAUGGCUACAGCUGUCAGGAUAUCAAUGAAUGUGAAACAGAGAACGGUGGCUGCUCCUUGGCUCCAGCAGUAAAAUGCUUGAACACCAUGGGAUCCUAUCAUUGUGGGCCGUGUCCCCCAGGGUAUGACGGAGAUGGGCACACAUGUGCUCAAACAGACUCCUGCUCUGUGAACAAUGGCGGGUGCCAUCCCUUAGCAUCAUGUGACCCUGGUGACGCAAUUUUGCCGAUUUGUGUCUGUCCACCUGGCUAUGCUGGAAACGGUUAUGGGCCGAGUGGUUGCUUGGCUCUCAGUAACAUCUGCGAGACACACAAUCCUUGUUUAAAUGGCCAGUGCAAGCCUACAGUCUCAGGCUAUGAAUGUCGAUGCAAUCCGGGAUGGACAGGAACCAACUGUACAGAAAACAUUGAUGAGUGUUCAAGCAGGCCUUGCCAGAAUGGAGGGAAUUGUACCGAUGGCAUUAAUAGCUACACCUGUAACUGCCCCAGUGGCUGGACUGGAUUCAAUUGUGAAUCUCCCAAACAAGAGUGUGGAGGAGUUUUAACUGGGUUAACAGGGACCUUUGGUUAUCCUAACAAUCCGGGUACCGACCAGAAUGGCCAUAUGCUGAGCUGUACGUGGGUAAUCAAGACUGAACCGAGCAAGAUUCUACGUAUUACUUUCACUUACUUCCAUUUGGAGCAAAGCACUCCUUGCAGCACGGAGUUCCUUCAAGUCCAUGACGGAGACUCGAUUUCAAGUUUUAUGUUGGGCAAAUACUGUGGCACCAGCCUACCCCGGGAGAUCUCCAGUUCUCAUAAUUCUUUGUUUUUCUGGUUCCACUCUGACCAUAUCUCUAAUAAUGGAGGUUUCCGGAUUUCAUGGGAAUCUCACCUGCCAGAAUGUGGGGGUGAACUGGUGGAAACUCAUGGAUCAAUUUUCUCCCCUGGAUACCCUGGCAACUAUCCCCCCAAUCGUGACUGUUACUGGAGCAUCUCCACAAACCCUGGCCUGUACAUUACUUUUGCCUUUGGUACACUGAGCCUGGAGAACCACGAGAGCUGUGAAAAGGAUUAUCUAGAGAUUCGAGAUGGACUUCUUCCUCAGGAUGAAGUCCUUGGAAAAUAUUGCAACACUUUAGCCCCAGCUCCUCUGCAGACUUCUGGUCCCUAUGCCUGGCUCCAUUUUCACUCAGAUAACACGGUGGAAGACAGAGGCUUUCAUAUCACGUACAUUACAUCAUCCUCCGAUCCUGCUUGUGGAGGAAAUUUCACUGACAAUGAAGGAUUCAUUUCAUCUCCCCUAUGGCCACAACCUUAUACUGGAAACAAGCAGUGCAUUUACAUCAUUCAGCAACCAGCCAAUGAAAAAAUUAGUCUACGCUUUACCAAUCUGGAAUUAGAAAGUAGCAGUGGGUGUUCUCUCUCAUAUAUGGAGAUACGAGAUGGUGACACAGAAACGGCACCUUUAAUUGGGAGAUACUGUAACACUACGAUUCCUCCGCCUAUUUCAUCUGGUUCAAAUGCACUUUGGAUAAAAUUUAAGUCUGAUGCAUCAGUAACAAGAUCAAGUUUUAAAGCAUUUUAUCAAGUUGCCUGCGGAGGGGUUCUGACAGGGUCAGGAGUAAUCCAAACGCCCCACUAUCCCAAUGCAUAUUUUCGUGAGCGAACCUGCGAAUGGAUUAUUACUCAGCCAGGCGGAGAAGUGGUCUUACUUACUUUCAACUCAUUUGACAUCUUGGCUGGUACCAACUGUGGUUCUAAUUCUGUUGAGAUAAGGGAUGGUUCAUCUUCAGAUUCCCCACUUAUUGGCAAAUACUGUGGGCCUGACAUGCCCAUGCCUGUUCAAUCUACUGAGAGAGCCCUCUAUGUCAGAUUUACUACUGACUCUUCUGCCACAAACCAUGGUUUCUCUGCUUCAUUUCAGUCUUUGAUUGAGGGUUGUGGAGGUACCCUUACUGCCACUGAAGGUACCAUUACUAGUCCAGGUUAUCCAACGGUCUACCCACAUGGAAUACAAUGCAGGUGGUUUAUCUCGAUCCCCCCUGGGAACCUGAUACGCCUGACAUUCGACUUGUUUAAUCUUGAACAUGGAUAUUUAUGCAACUAUGAUUAUUUGGAGAUAUAUGACAGUGCUAAUGCUACCACGGAAUUUAGAAUUGGAAGAUAUUGUGGAAGAUCCAUCCCUCCAUCAAUAACCAGCAGAGGCAACGUAAUGACUGUGCUUUUGGUUACCGACACGUCUACAGCAGUUGAGGGGUUUUCAGCUACAUACACCUCACUCAAUGCAACCACAGCAUGUGAUGUCACCUACACGGAAGCAUCUGGAAUGUUUUCUUCUCCAAAUUAUCCCAACCGCUACCCAAAUAACCUGCAGUGUAUUUACACAAUCACAGUGGAAACAAAUAAACAAAUUUUACUGAAUUUCACACAUUUCGUGCUCAGUACAUCUACACAAUGUGACAAGGACUAUGUAGAAAUCAGGGAUGGGGGCUAUGAAAUAUCUCCAUUACUUGGAAAAUUUUGCCAAGGAUAUCCUCCAGUAAUUGUCUCCAACAGCAAUAAACUUUGGAUAAAGUUUCGAAGUGACUCCAGUUACUCAGAAACUGGAUUUUCUGCUCAUUGGGACAGUGCAUCUACAGGGUGUGGUGGAACCCUUACAGCUGUCUCCGGUGGGUUCACAACUCCAAACUUUCCCAUGCCAUACUAUCACAAUUCCGAGUGCUACUGGCGGAUGAUGGCAUCUGGUGGGAGCAUUUUUGAGAUACAGUUUGAGCACUUUGAUUUAGAAUCACAUUCAAACUGUCAAAAUGAUUAUCUUGCUGUUUAUGAUGGCAAUACCACACAUUCACAUUUAUUGGAAAAAGUAUGUGGAAAGAGACUGCCAGAUCCAAUAAGGUCCUCAGGAAGCAAUGUGUAUGUAAAAUUUAGGACAGAUAACUCAAUUUCAUACAGUGGCAUCUUUGCAACAUACAGACAAAUUUGCCAGGGUGUUUUGAUUGCUAACCGCAGUCGAGGAGUAUUGGAAAGCUUAAACUAUCCAAACUCCUAUCCUCACAACCAACAAUGCAACUGGACGAUACAAGCAACAUUUGGAAACACCAUUAACUAUACAUUCACAACAUUUAAUUUAGAAGGAUUUUUGAACUGCCAGUCUGACUAUAUACAGCUUUAUGAUGGGCCUAAUAACCAGACAAGACUCAUUGGAACCUACUGUGGUAGUCAGUUACCCCCAUCUGGUACCACAACCGGCACAAGCCUCCAUGUUGUCUUCCAUUCAGAUGAUACGAUUGCACGCACAGGGUUUCAGAUGCAGUGGUAUGUCAAUGGAUGCGGCGGAGAAUUGUCUGGUCCUUUUGGUUCCUUUACCAGCCCCGGUUAUCCCAUGAGGUACCCCGACAAUAGAGAAUGUAUCUGGAACAUACAAACCUCCCCGGGGAGUAGUAUCCAGAUCACCAUUUGGGAGUUCAGCAUAGAAUACCAUUCUACCUGCAGUUAUGAUGUGCUUGAGAUCUAUGGUGGGCCUGGAAUCUCCUCUCCAAGACUGGCUCAGUUAUGUGCCCCUCGAGCUCUAGGGAAUCCUUUGCAAGUCUCCAGUACUGGGGAUACAAUGACAGUGCGGUUCAAGACUGAUGCAUAUACCAGCGGCAAAGGAUUUAAUGCAACCUGGAGAGAAAUUCCUGGAGGUUGUGGGGGAGUGUUUCAGGUUCCUAGUGGGGAAAUACAUUCUCCAAACUACCCAAGACCCUAUGAAGACAACACGGAAUGCGCUUGGUUGAUAAGAGUUGAUUCUGGACACCGAGUUCUUCUAACCUUCAGAGACUUUGAUAUUGAAUCUCACAGUUCAUGCAAUUAUGACAGUGUCACUGUUUUUGAUGGACCAAACAGUGACGCUGACCCUCUCGCGGUUCUGUGUGGGACACAACUGCCUGCUGCAAUUACAUCAACUCAGAACACAAUGUUCGUCAGAUUGAGGUCGGAUGGAAGUAACCAGCAUAAGGGAUUUAGUGCCAAAUUUACCGAAGCUUGUGGAAGUUUAAUUACAGCAGAUUCGAUUGGCGCAACUAUUUCCUCUCCUUUGUUUCCUGCCAAAUACCCAAACAAUCAGAACUGCAUGUGGAUUAUCCAGGCCCAGGAACCUUAUAAUCAUGUCACGCUUUCUUUCACGGACUUUGAGACUGAGGACAGAACCAAUAAUUGUACAUCAGAUUAUGUUGAAAUCUUAGAUGGAAAUAACCCUAAUGCACCUGUUCAAGGACGAUACUGUGGUAUCAAUCUUCCCCAUCCUAUUACAUCUUUCAGCAAUGCCCUUGUUGUAAAAUUUGUAUCUAAUAACAGCACCAGUGCCAAAGGCUUUCAUGCAACAUUUGCUGCUUCAACAUCAGCAUGCGGAGGCACAUUACAUAUGGAAACAGGAGCCUUUAACAGCCCUAGCUAUCCAGAGAACUAUCCAGCCAAUACGGAGUGUAUCUGGAACAUUCUUAGCUCUCCUGGCAACCGUCUACUGCUGUCUUUCAUCACUUUCUCCAUGCAGCACAGUGACAAUUGUUUUCAUGAUUACCUGGAAAUAAGGGAGGGGAAUGAAACAGGAACAUUAAUGGGGCGAUUUUGUGGGGACACGUUGCCCAGUAACCUUACAACCAUCACUGGACAUAUACUUUGGAUCAAAUUUGUCUCAGAUGGGUCUCUCAGUGGUUCUGGGUUCCAGGCCACAUUCUCACACUUAUUUGGAAAUAAUUUAGGAGGAACUCGUGGCCAAAUUGCUUCUCCUCUGUGGCCCAGAAAUUACCCAAUUCAUUCUAACUAUCUAUGGAAAAUAAACGUAGAUGCCUCGCAAAUAAUUCAAGCCAGAAUCCUAGAAAUUGACAUUGAAGAACAUUUUGGAUGCGUCUAUGACAAGCUUAAAAUUUAUGAUGGUCCUGACACUCACUAUCAUGUCAUUGGCACAUACUGUGGAAUAACUCCACCUCCUGACAUAUUCUCCUCGGGAAGUUCAAUGACUGUUCAGUUCACGAGCGAUAACAGUUUGAACAUGAAAGGAUUCCUUCUUGAAUGGUUUGCCAUAGAUGACUUUUCAGAGAAUUUCCCUACAGUAGCUCCAGGUGCUUGCGGGGGAAUUUUAAGGACAGGAGAUACACCUAUGUUUUUCUUCUCUCCUGGAUGGCCAAAUAACUACAUUGGAUACCUCGACUGCACUUGGGUUAUCAAAGCCCCAGGAUCAACAGUGGAGCUGAAUAUUCUGUCUGUGGAUAUUGAAAAGCAUCGUAGUUGUAAUUAUGAUAAGCUUGUCAUAAGAGAUGGUGACAAUAACAACUCUCCGCAGCUUGCUGUUAUUUGUGGCAGAGAGGUUCCUGGACCAAUCAGAUCAUCUGGAGAUUCCAUGUUUAUUAGAUUUACAACUGAUAGUACUGUAUCUGGCACGGGAUUUAAUGCAUCAUAUCACAAAAGCUGUGGUGGAUAUUUACAUGCAAACAGAGGAUUGAUCACUUCUCCAAACUAUCCUGAGCACUACAGUGCAAACCUCAAUUGCACGUGGCAUUUCCUGGUUACCAGUGGCUUUACUAUUGCUGCCCAUUUUGAACAAACAUUUGAGAUUCCAAACACUGAUUCAACAUGCAGCGCUGGGGAUUACCUUGAGUUAAAAAAUGGUCCUGAUGACUCAUCCCCUCCUCUGAGCACCGCAACGCGCAACGGAAAAUUCUGUGGCAGCAACGCCCCAUCUACAAUGCACACAACUGACAAUGAGAUGUUUGUUCGUUUCGUUUCUGACAACAGCAACGAGGGCAAAGGCUUUCAACUAAGAUAUGAGGCACUAAGUUUGGCUUGCGGAGGGAGUAUUUAUAUAAGUGAAUCUGAUCCUUCUGGAUUUGUGACUUCCCCUAAGUACCCAGAGAAUUAUCCAACCAAUUCUGACUGUAUUUGGAUCAUCACUGUACCAAAUGGAGAGGCCGUGGAGCUGGAGUUCAAGGAACAGUUUUAUAUUGAACCUUCUGAAAACUGCAGCUCCAGUUACCUGGAAUUACGUGAUGGUGCAGAUACCAGUAAAAGGAUACUUGGUAAAUUAUGUGGAAAUUCUCUCCCAAUCACUUACAAAUCCCUCGGCACUGCCAUGUACCUGAGGUUUAGGACUGACAACGGCACACCUCGUGUAGGGUUCAAAGCCAUGUAUAAAGUAGCUUCUUGUGGAGGAACACAUUUUGGACAAAGCGGCAUCAUUCAGAGCCCAGGAUACCCAUCACAAAACUACCCAGACAACUCUUUGUGUGAAUGGUACUUCACUGGUCCCACGGGACACUUCCUUACAAUUCAAUUUGAAGGCCUGGAUCUUCAGAAUUCUACAGACUGUUCUAAAGACUUUGUGGAAAUUCGAGAAUAUAAUGCCUCUGGAAGAAUACUGGGAGUGUUCUGCAACAAUACGGUGCCAAGGGACUUGGUCACUUCCGACAGUUUUGCUUAUGUCAGGUUUGUUAGUGAUGAGUCAGUGAGUGGCAGGGGAUUCAGGAUUCGCUAUGAUGCAAGCACUGAAGAAUGUGGUAGAGAUUACACAGCUUCUUAUGGAACAAUAAGUUCUCCCAACUAUCCCAACCUGUACCCUCACAAUCGUGUAUGUGAAUGGAGAAUCACAGUACCAGCUGGAAGACGAGUCACUCUCACCAUUAAUGAUCUACAACUCCAAGACCAACAGAACUGUGACUAUGACUAUGUGGCUGUAUACAAUGGUUAUCAGAACCAGUCCCCUUUGCUUAGAAAGUUCUGUGGCAAUGUAGCCCCAGAUACAGAAGUGAAAUCAUCUGGCAACACAAUGAGGGUUAUCUUUGUUACAGAUGGUUCUGUAUCAAGUGGUGGGUUUCUGGCAACUUUCAGUUCAAUGGAAGAUGCAGCCUGUGGAGCUGUACUGGCUAAUCCCUCCGGAGGACUUUUUUCAUCUCCUGGUUACGAUCAAGUCAGCAAUUACACCAAAAAUCUGAACUGCGAAUGGAUUAUUCAAAAUCCAAACACCGACAAUUCUACCACUUUUAUCUCAUUUGAAAGAUUGCAGUUGGAAAAUCAUCAGAACUGUCAACAUGACUUUAUUGAGUUGCGUAUUGAUAAUGCUGAUGGGGAAUUAAUAAGCCGGCUAUGUGGGCGUAAUACUCCUUCAGUCCCACUGGCUCUUGUUGCAUCUCAGAUCUGGGUUCGCUUCGUGAGUAAUGCAGAAGUGGAAAAUAUUGGCUUUAAUGCCAGUUACUCCUUUACAGAAUGUGGUGGAAUACAAGCUGGAGAAUAUGGAGUUAUUGCAAGCCCUAACUUCCCAGCUCCUUACAAUGGUAUGAGCCACUGUGCCUGGCUUUUACAAGCUCCAGAAGGACAUAUUAUAACUCUUUCCUUUGUACAUUUCGAUAUUGAAAACCACCAAAUUUGCCGUUGGGACUCGGUUACGAUUGUGAAUGGUGGCAGCCCAGGAUCCCCACUGAUAGGACAGUUCUGUGGGACAACAUCUCCUGGAACUGUUCAGUCAGGAUCCAACAAGCUUUUGGUGAUUUUCAACUCUGAUGGUACACUGCACGGAGGAGGAUUUUAUGCCAACUGGACCUCAGACUCUCUAGGCUGUGGGGGACACGUUCAUGCUGAUAGUGGUAACAUCAAAUCUCCUGGUUGGCCUCAGCACUUUCCACUCAAUAGUCGAUGUACCUGGACAAUAGAGACACAUGAGAGCGGCCAUUAUGAAUUGUCAUUCAAUAAUAACUUUCAUAUCCCAGAUGAAAAUGGACAUUGUGAAAGAAGCUAUGUUAAGGUAUGGAGUGGUGCUGAGGUUGAAUUGUUGGCUACAGGUUGUGGAGACACUGCUCCGGCCCCUGUUAUUUCUCCAAGAAGUGUGAUUACAGUAACGUUCCAGUCACAAGACACGCCAGGAAGUGGUUUCUUUGCCUCAUUUAUCAGCAAAUGUGGUGCCAACUUCACAGAUUCAUUUGGGCGAAUUGUGUCUCCCAAUUACCCAAAUAUAUACAGGAGCAAUUUGAGUUGCAACUAUACCAUUCACGCUGAAGCUAAUAUGUUCAUUGUCCUGUCUUUUCAGAAUUUUGAAAUUGAAUCAAGCGCAUCGUGCAGCAAAGACGGACUAAAAAUCGUUGGUGGUGAGAGGGCAUCCCCAUUGGCGAAUCUCUGUGGAGCCUCUGUCCCAGCGCCUAUUAGUGCAAGAGGGUCAAUGUCACUCAAUUUCUACACGGAUUCAAAUACAAACAUGCAUGGGUUUAAGGCAACCUACAGAGUGAUCCCCUGUGGAGGAACCUUCAAUGCAUCUUAUGGUACCUUAAGGAGCCCGACCUUCACCUUUACUGAUUACCACAACAACAUGAACUGCUCGUACCAUGUCACCGUUCAGGAGAACCGGAUCAUUGAACUAAAAUUUAAUGAGUUUGAUGUAGAAGCUUCCUCCUCCUGUUUAUAUGAUUAUGUUGCUGUUUAUGAUGGCUCAAAUUCCAGCAGCCCCUUUCUUGGCCGCUACUGUGGCAAUGUUCCACCUCCAAUUUUGAGGAGUUCAAGUAAUAAUUUCUUCCUGCUGUUCGUAACGGAUAAUCAUUUGACUUCACGUGGCUGGAGAGCUACUUUCAGGCAAACGUUGGGGCCUAUGCAUGGCUGCGGGGGAUACCUGACUAAUCCAGCUGGCAGCUUUGGCUCACCAGACUCUAAUUUGGAUGGAAAAUAUGACAGCAACUUGAACUGUUCUUGGCAAAUUAUUGCCCCAGUCAACACACAGAUAAACCUCACCUUCAAUGCAUUCCUACUGGAGGCUCAGUCACGUGGCACAUGCAGAUAUGAUUAUGUCAAGGUUUAUGAUGGAAGCAGCAUGAAUAGUAACUUACAAGGAACAUAUUGUGGUUCCAGUACACCAGCCCCAUUCUUCUCUACAAGCAAUGCUUUGACUGUUUUGUUUGUCAGUGAUUCCACACUAGAAAGAGCAGGAUUCAAUGCAUCAUAUGUCUUUAAAGACAUUUUAUGUGGAGGAAUAUAUAAUGCAACAUCCACAUCAAUGACCACAUCAUCUCCCAACUUUCCAAACCUUUACCCACCAUUUACGUUAUGUACGUGGACAAUCGAUGCACCAGCUUUGGAGCAUGUGAGACUGAGUGUACAAACCUUUCAUCUGCAGACAGACGGCGACUGCUCACAGAACUACAUAGAACUAAUGGAUUCUCCUGUGGGUGAUCAAGGGCAGGUCCACAGAUAUUGUGGAACAGAAACUUUUCAGAUUCCAGAUUUUUACUCCUAUGGCCGAACAGCUGUUGUGAAUUUUAAGUCACAAAACUAUAUGCCGGGCAAUGGAUUCAGCUUUACCUAUCAAAUUGCAAACUGUAGUAGAGAAUAUAAUCAAACAUUUGGCUACUUGAAAAGCCCAGGCUGGCCAGAGAAUUAUCCCCACCGUGCAGAAUGUACCAUAAUCCUGAGAGCUCCACCCAAUCACACAAUCUCUCUCUUCUUCAAUUCAUUCAGUUUAGAGACGACAAGUUCAUCUUCAUGCUAUGACUUUUUAGAGGUGAGAAAUGGCAGUGACUCGGACUCACCUCUGAUUGGAAAGUAUUGCGGGAAUAAUCUGCCAAACCCCAUUUUCCCUAAAAAUAAUGUCCUACGACUGUUCUUCAAGAGUGAUCUGGUAUUAUCUUCUCGAGGAUACGAAAUCACUUGGACAUCGUCACCUAGUGCUUGCGGAGGUACCCUCUUCGGAGACCAUGGCUCGUUCACAAGCCCCAAUUAUCCUGGGAGCUACAGCAACAACACAGACUGUGAAUGGACAAUAGUCGCCCCAUUGGGAAGGCUCAUUACUCUGAACUUUACAGCAUUCAGCAUUGAUGACCCAGGAAGCUGUGACAGCAAUUAUCUUAAGGUUUAUAAUGGGCCAAAUGCCAGUUCAGCACUAGCUGGAACAUUUUGUGGAAUGGGAUCCAGCAUUGCUCCAGUCAGCUCCAUCUCUCACCAGAUCUUCAUUAAGUUUCACGCAGAGCAUGUGGCACUGCCCUCUGGCUUCAGAUUACAGUGGGCGACAUAAGCGGAUCAGAAAAGACUUUUUGUGAAAUGUUACUUUC